AUGGGCAGCGCAAGGACCUCGGCCCUCCUCUGUGGUGUGCUGGCAGCCACCUUGGUCGGCGCCACCCUCAGCCCUCCUGCAGUUCUCAUCCUCGGCCCAGAAGUCAUCAGAGAAAAGACGACACAGGCACUGAAGGACCAUGAUGCUGUCCGCAUCCUCCAGGAGCUGCCUCUGCUCAGCGCCAUGAGGGAGGAGCCGGCUGGCGGCAUCCCCAUACUAGGCAGCCUGGUGAACUCCAUCCUGGACCAUGUUAUCUGGCUGAAGGUCACCUCAGCCAACAUCCUCCAGCUGCAGGUGGAACCCUCUGCUGACAACCAGGAGCUAACAGUCAAGAUCCCACUGGACAUGGUUGCUGGCUUCAACACGCCCCUGUUCAAGAGCAUUGUGGAGAUGCGCCUGGAGGUGGAGGCCCAGGCCACCAUCCGAGUGAAGACCAGCAGCAGAGGUCACACCCAGCUCACCCUCAGCAGCUGCUCCGACAGCCGCAAGAACCUGCGCAUCAGCCUGCUGCAGAAGCUCUCCUUCCUGGCCAACCCCAUAGCCAACAAUGUCAUGAAACUCCUGGUGCCAACCCUGCCCAAACUGGUGAAAAGCCAGCUGUGUCCUGUGAUUGAGGAGGCCUUUGCGGACCUGCAUGAGGACCUCCUACACCUGGUGAGGGAGCCCAUUUCCUUCGGCAAUGACCACCUGGAGUUUGACCUCCUGUCUCUUGCCAUCAAGGGUAAUGUCAUCCAGCUCAACCUGGGGGCCAAGCUGUUGAACUCACAGGGAAAUGUGACCAAGUGGUUCAGUAAGUCUGCAGCUUCCCUGACACUGCCCGCCCUGGACAGUGCCCCUUUCAGCCUCACCGUGAGGCAGGAUGUGGUGAACGCUGCAAUAGCUGCCUUGCUGCCUCCAGAAGAACUCAUGGUCCUACUGAACUACGUGCUUCCUGAGCUGGCCCACCGGCUGAAGUCUAGCAUCAAGGUGAUCAGUGAAAAGGCUGCGGCUCAGCUGGGACCCACACAGAUUGUGAAGAUCCUAAUCCAGGAGGCCCCAGAGCUCCUUCUGGACCAGGGCAGUGCCAAGGUGGCCCAACUGAUUGUGCUGGAAGUAUUCGCCACCAACGAAGUCCGCCGCCCCUUCUUCACCCUGGGCAUUGAAGCCAGCUCAGAAGCUCAGUUUUAUACCAAAGGGAACCGACUUAUGCUCAGCUUAAGUGAAAUCAGCUCUAAUCGGAUCCACCUGAUGAACUCAGACAUUGACUUAUUCAAUCCUGAACUUCUGAAAGACGUCAUCACCGAUAUCCUCAGCUCUGCCCUGCUGCCCUAUGAGAAUGGCAAAUUAAGACACGGGAUCCUACUGUCAAUGGCGAAGGCCUUGGGAUUUGAGGAAGCUUCAUGGUCUCUGACCAAGGAUGCCCUUGUGUUCACCCCGGCCUCCUUGUAGAACUGGACCCCUCUCCUCUCUUCCAGUGAAGACUCGAACAGCGCUCAUCCAGGCAAACUGGCUCCCAGUGGGA